CGUCGUGAGAAGAGGAUCGAAAAUACUCAACUCGCAUUGUUGCCUCAAUGCGUGUAGUUUUUGCUCGAUCUUUACUCAAGCACCUGUGAGCGGCGUCCCGGUUUAGUCUAACAUGGAAGAACGGGGACCGAGAUUCAACGGAUAAUCGGCCUCGAAUGCGUUCCUCCAAACGCGAUAGACUGUGAGUGCUCGUGCGACGAAUCUGCAUCUUAAUUCGGGCACUCGGUGCGAGAAAUGUUUGAAACCGGUCGAAGAUCCGCAAUCAGCACUUCGGAGCUCGGACUUUACUCUGAUCGGGGGGAUCGUUACAAUCGAAGCAAGUACGGGCCGAUCGUCCGGAAGUUCGUAAUCGUCGUGAUGGCCGUCGUUGCAGUCAUUUUAGCGGCGAUAUUCAUCUACGACUUCGCCUCGGGUGCCUCGGCGACGAGCAAAGUAAGUCAAGAGACAAAGCGCAUAUACAUUCUGCAGAAUUCAUUGAAGAAGCCGACGAGUGGCGUGUCGAAAAGGCAACCAACGAGUACAACGCUCGGGCCCGAGUUCUACGCGAACAAAAGCGGCUCGGCACAGGAUCGUUCGGACGACGCCGAUCCCCGAGAGCUCGCUUACGUGCUCGCCAAUGGCCAAGUUUCUGAGAUAAAUAAGGAACCGAGGAGCCCGAGAACGGUCGACGGGAGGCCGGAGACGAGGAGUCAGAGCUUGGAGAAUUUUAAGCACCGGAAAAAGCUCGUCGAGGCUGUCGACAAAAACGAUGAGAUUCCAGGGCUCGAGGGAAAACAACUGUUGAACAACCACGCGGUCGUGUAUCGAGUGAGGCAAAGAUUCCAAUAUCCGGAUCCCGAGGACGAAGUGAACGAGGAAGAAUCGCGUCCGGCGCCGUUUCACUUCGAGUUCAAAGGUCCCCAGCCGGCCUCGUUCAACAAGCAACGUUUGAAGUUCCCUCAGCUCAGCCAGUACCGAUAUCCUCACGCGUCUCGAAACAUCCAAGACAUCAUAAAAUAUCUGACGAACGAUCCGAACCUUCCAAAUCGCGGGAUCAAGUUCACGGGCGUGUACGUAAACCCGAAGAAAUACGACGUUUUUCCGGAAGCUGGAGAGCUCGUGGCGAACAGCGAUCGAAACGAGUACCAGGCGGACGGGGGAGCUCAGGACGAAGAGGAGUACGAGGACACGGAGAACGACGAUUUCUCGGAGAGCUCGAGAUACGCCACCGUUGGCAGCAACGGAGAUCCGUUUUUCCUCUACAAACCAAAACAUCCGACGGACGUCAAUCUCCUCGCCCCGUCGAACGUCAGAUUUUCUCCAUCGGGAACCCACCGGUACAAUCCCUAUCACGAUCCAUUUUUCCAAAGACCGCCGUUGACUUACGUAAAACCGAUGCCGGAAGCUCCGCAAUACGUUGACACCGCGGCUGCCUACUCGAGCGGAAAUUAUGGAAAAAAGAAAAAACCAAAACCGUUCAGCGUCAUGCUCGAUAUCUAUCCGAUCACCGAUCUCAACGAUCAGCCAACCAACAAGGUCUCCAGACCGAGGCUCCCUCCGGUAUCGAUCGACGAAUACGACCCCAGAAGACCCCUCGUUUACACACGCGGACAACGCUUCCCACCGGCCAACAAGGGACCCGCCAUUCCGCUCGUCGCUAUCCCAGCCGGACAGCCCGGUCUCUCCGAGGAGGAAGAAAGACAGCAGAUGAUUUUUCAUCUCAAUUUGUAUCCCAGGAAGAAAAAUAAACACAGCAGACACGACAUAAUUCAGAGAUCAGAAUCGAUGAGGCCGGAGGAUCACGAAAAAUUCAUGCACAGCGUCAUGUCACCCUUCGACGCGAUAGCGAAGCACCUGACCGACCAUUCGGCGAUCGAGGAAUCCAAGUACGAGGAAUCCGAGCUCCCGGAAACGAGUGAUCCCCCGAUCACCGAGAACGUUCCCGAUUGGACUGAAGUCGGCAGUGAGAAGAGCGAGAGACUGCAGUCGAGCACCGGGAGCGAGAAGAGUCCUGAGGCCAGUACUCCGGACGUUUGGCACCAGGAAGAACCGGAGAAUUCCCCCGAACUGAGUACCACCGAGAAGGAAACAACUCCGAGCAUCAACACUGAUUUUCCGAAUGAAUCAGAAUGUAAGAAUUGUGGCAGCUCACCAAAGACGAAGAAUAAUAAAAAGUGGUCGAGUUUGAGUCCAGAGAUCGACACGCCCGAGGGUUUUCAGGCCUUCGCCGAUGGGCUGUUGUCCAGCGAUUAAUUAAAAUCACAGAGAAAAUAUUACUUCGAUGUUGCAACGAGUCGAAAGCGCCGACCGUAAGCAAGUGCGGAGAUUUUUUCGUAUUUUUUCUCCUCAUAUCAAUAAUCAACUGAUUUAAAAAAAGUGAAAGUAUCCCCGAUGAGAAUUUCUCUCCUCCAAUUAUCGUAAUUGCCUCGCGAGCGAUGAGCACAAAAGCUGGUUCAUGGUCCCACGAGCGCAUGCGUUCAAUCUUUCCCCUCUUUAUCGCCCUCGCGAGUCCCAGCCAGGCUCGUCCGCGUCGAGCUCGAAAAACCGAGAAUUCCAAAGAUAUGAAAUUCGGAGGAGCGUGGCCUUGACAUUUGAAAAUGUGGC